GAUGAACCAGGAGGAACUGGCCGACACACUGUGUGGCGUAUCUGCUGCUGUUGAGUGCCAACAUAAAAUCAAGUCUCAUUUGAAGAAGAAGUUCAGGUGUGUGUUUGAGGGAAUCGCUAUACCAGGACAGCCAACACCUCUGAAUGACUUCUAUACAGAGAUCUUCAUCACAGAGAGAGGCAGUGGAGAGGUCAACCAGGAACAUGAGGUCAUACUGAUUGAAACAGCUUCCAGGAAACCAGUCAAGGAGGAAACACCAAUCAGAUGUGAGGAACUCUUUAAACCCUUACCUGGACAAGAUAAACCAGAUAAACCAAUCAGGACAAUAAUGACAACUGGAUCGGCCGGCAUGGGUAAAACCGUCUUAACACACAAGUUCACUCUGGACUGGGCUGAAGGCAAAGCAAACCACAACAUAGACUUCACAUUUCUCUUGACUUUCAGAGAGCUGAAUUUACUGAAAGGGAAAGAGUUAAGCUUGGUGGAACUUCUUCAUCACUUCUUUAUUGAAACCAAAGAAGCAGGAAUCUCCAGAUAUGACCUGUACCAAGUUGUCUUCAUCUUGGAUGGUCUAGAUGAGUGUAGACUUCCUCUGGACUUCGAGAACAACCAGAUCUGGACUGAUGUUACAAAGUCCACCUCGGUGGACGUGCUGCUGACAAACCUCAUCAGGGGCAACCUGCUUCCCUCCGCUCGCAUCUGGAUAACCACACGCCCUGCGGCAGCCAAUCAGAUCCCUGCUGAGUGUGUUGACAUGGUGACAGAGGUGAGAGGCUUCAACGACUCACAGAAGGAGGAGUACUUUAAGAAAAGAUUCAAAGACAAGAAUCUGGCCAGCACAAUCAUCUCCCACGUCAAGGAAUCACGAAGCCUCCACAUCAUGUGUCACAUCCCAGUCUUCUGUUGGAUUACUGCUUCAGUUCUGGAGGACUUUUUCAAAACAUCCCAGAUGGGAGAAAAGAUGCCCAACACUGUGACUCAGAUGUACAUCCACUUCCUGAGGGUUCAGUCCAUACAGGGGGACAGGAAGUACCAUGGGAAGGCUGAAACAGAUCCAGACUGGAGUUCAGAGAGCAGGGAGAUAAUUUCUUCUCUGGGAAAACUUGCUUUUAACCAGCUGGUGAAAGGCAACCUGAUCUUCUACGAGGCAGACCUGACAGAGUGUGACAUCGAUAUCAGAGCAGCCUCAGUGUACUCAGGAGUGUUCACCCAGAUCUUUAAAGAGGAGUGUGGUCUGUACCAGGACAAGGUGUUCUGCUUUGUCCAUCUGAGCCUCCAGGAGUUUCUGGCUGCCCUUAAUGUCUUUCUGUUAUACAGCGACAAUGAGGUCGAUCUGCUCUCAGAAGAACAACCAACCUCCGGGGAAAAUAAACUCCUCGAACUUCUCCAGUUUUGUGUGGACGAGGCCUUAAAGAGGGAGAACGGACACCUGGACUUGUUUCUGCGCUUCCUCCUGGGCCUCUCUCUGGAGACCAGUCAGAAUCUCUUAGGAGGUCUGCUGGGACAGACAAUAGGUAGCUCCCAGACCAUUAAGGAAACAGUAUCUUACAUCAAGGAGAAGUUAAAUGGAGAUCUCCCUCCAGAGAGAAGCAUCAAUCUGCUCCACUGCCUGAAUGAGCUGAACGACCAUUCUCUGGUGGAGGAGAUCCAACAGUACCUUACAUCAGGAAGCAUCUCAACAGAAUCUCUCACCCCUGGUCAGUGGUCUGCUCUGGUCUUUAUGUUAAUGUCAUCAGAAGAGGAGCUAGACGUGUUUGACCUGAAGAAAUACUCUGCUUCAGAGGAAGGUCUUCGGAGGUUGCUGCCAGUGUUCAAAGCCUCCAAAACAUAUCUGUUGAAUGGCUGUCAUCUGUCAGGGAGAUGCUGUCGAGCUCUGGCCUCAGUUCUCAGCUCCAACUCCUCUAGUCUGAGAGAGCUGGACCUGAGUAACAAUGAUCUUGGAAAUUCAGGAGUGAUGCUGCUCUCUGCUGGACUGGGGAGUCCACACUGUACACUGGAAACUCUCAGGUUGAACUGCUGUAUGCUGUCAGAGAAAUGCUGUGACGCUCUGGCCUCCGGUCUCAGUUCUAACUCUAGUCUGAGAGAGCUGGACCUGAGUAACAAUGAUCUGCAGAAUUCAGGAGUGAAGCUGCUCUCAGCUGGACUGGGGAGUCCACACUGUACACUGGAAACUCUCAGACUGAAUGGCUGUCAUCUGUCAGAGAUAUGCUGUGAAGAUUUGGCCUCAGUUCUCAGCUCCAACUUUUCUAGUCUGAGAGAGCUGGACCUGAGCACCAAUGAUCUGCAGGACUCAGGAGUGAAACUGCUCUCUGCUGGACUGGGGAGUCCACACUGUACACUGGAAACUCUCAGGCUGAAUGACUGUCAUCUGUCAGAGGGAUGCUGUGAAGAUUUGGCCUCAGUUCUCAGCUCCAACUCUUCUAGUCUGAGAGAGCUGGACCUGAGCACCAAUGAUCUGCAGGAUUCAGGAGUGAAGCUGCUCUCUGCUGGACUGGGGAGUCCACACUGUACACUGGAAACUCUCAGCUUGUCUGGCUGCCUGGUCACACAGGAAGGCUGUGCUUCUCUGGCCUCAGCUCUGAGUUCCAACCCCUCCCAUCUGAGAGAGCUGGACCUGAGCUACAAUCACCCAGGAGACUCAGGAGCUGCGCUGCUCUCUGCUGGAGUGGAGGAUCCACUCUGGAGACUGGACACUCUUAGUGUGGAGCAUGGUGGAGUGUGUAGGCUGAAACCAGCUCUCAAGAAGUAUGCCUGUGAACUCAGACUGGACCCAAACACAGCCCACAGACGUCUCUCUCUGUCUGAGGACAACAGAAAGGUGAUGGUUGUUGUAGAGGCCCAAUCAUAUCCUGAUCGACCAGAGAGAUUUGACUCCUAUCAUCAGGUGUUGUGCAGAGAGGCUCUGACUGGCCGCUGUUACUGGGAGGUAGAGUGGAAUAGAGAUGUUGGUAUAGGAGUGACAUACAGAGGAAUCACAAGGAGAGGAGGGAAUUAUGAAAGCAGGCUUGGAUUUAACAACAAGUCCUGGAGUCUUCAUGUUUCUGAUGGUCGUUACUCUGCCCGGUACAACGGUUCUGGACCAGAGAUACAUCUCCCCCCCGCUGGCUCUAACAGAGUAGGAGUGUAUCUGGACCGGCCUGCUGGCACUCUGUCCUUCUACAGAGUUUCCUCAGAUGUAGGAGGGUCCUCAGACAGACUGGUACACCUCCACACCUUCCAGUCCACCUUCACCCAGGAGGACCUCCUCCCUGGGUUUAGGUUCUGGCAUGGUGGGGGUACCGGGUCAGUGUCUCUGUGUAAGUCAGGGAUGGGCAACUGGCGGCCCACGGGCCGAAUCCUCAUUCAGUGCGGCCCGCAUCCGCACUCAGUCAGGCCCGCACAUAAA